UUAGGAGAUGGCUACCAGGUAAUUGGAUUUAAAAUUUACGGUAAAAAGUGACAAGUCACCAACAAACAGGUGGUUGUUAUCAAAAUAGAAGCCUUAAUCUGUAACUUCAUAGACAAUUUCGUGAAAAAAACAAGAAAAUGCAGUCCGGGGAAGUUAAAGUAGCAGAAGAUAGUGACUUCAAACGAUUCAUUGAACUAUGUGUUGAAACUGAGGGAUGGAAACAAGAAUACAAUAAACGGAACACAUCUGUACAUACAAAAAUAAAUGACGUUUCAGAUUUUAAAAUGUUCAAGAUAAAGACAACAUAUACAGAUGUUUCAGCAGAAGUAUUGUAUGAUGUACUCCAUGAUCCAGAGUAUAGAAAAGUAUGGGACCAUUCUAUGGUGGAGGGCUAUGAGAUUUGUUGUAUAAACCCAAACAACGAUAUUGGUUAUUAUUCAAUGAAAUGCAGGCCAUUUAAGAGUCGUGAUUUUGUUACACAAAGGUCAUGGUUAGAUAUGGGAGCACAGUACUGCAUUAUAAAUCACUCAGUAAACCAUCAGAAAGCCCUGCCAAAGAAAGGAUAUAUACGAGGUGUGUCAUAUUUAACAGGAUAUUUAGUUAGGAAGAUGGAAGGAAACAAAUGUCAGUUCACAUAUGUAUCUCAGUCAGAUCCUAAAGGAAAGCUUCCAGCCUGGGCUGUCAACAAAGUUACACAAAUAAUGGCACCAAAAGUCAUUACAAGAAUACACAAAGCAUGUCUCAGUUACCAGAAGUGGAAAUCUACUCAUAACCCAACCUUUAAACCAUGGCUAAAUCCUGAACAAAUGACACUGCCAAGACUAAACAUGGCCGACAUUAAACCUCUAUCAGAAUUUAACUCUCUAGAAUCAUUAGAUGAAAGCUGUAUGAAGGAAAGUGAUAUAGGUGAAAAUGACAUCAGUGACGAGGAUUCAUCUGAUUGAUGAUAGUAACAUUAGUAUACAUGAUUUUAGAGUGUUGUAGGGUACCAAGGUGUUUGAACAUAGAUUACAUCAUUAUGAUAGUUGUCUCCCCUAGUUGAAGGAAUGAAAAAGUUGCCUCCCUUAGAUUGAUGUCAAUAAAUUCAAAUUCUUAUAUUUUAACAAUUUAGGUAAAAUAUAAAUAGUUUUACAUGGAUAUCUCGAUAUGGAAUACUGAAACUCAUAUACAAUUGAAUAGGAAGAUUUGUAUUAAAGCUUCCUAUAAAUAUGGUAAUGACAUCAAGUUUUUAUGCAAUUUUGUUGCAAUUUUUGGAAGUUGUAAAGUGUGAUUGUUUGAGAACUAUCAGUAGAUAUCAUGAAAAUGUAAUGACUUAUAAUGUAGUGCAAUAGGGAACUCUUAUAGGGAAAUAUCACUAAUAGUUAUUUAAUGAUUGUGUAAUGGACCUUUGGGCUUUCAUUCAUUAUUGUGGUCCCUAAAUUGUUGUUUUUAUGACAAUGUUUAAGUAAGCAAUUAUAAUGUU